AUGGCUUCGGUGCUUAAAACCCAAAAGGCAAAUGCAUCCAAAGCAAGUGUAAAAGGAAAAGGAAAGCGCAAAGCCGAAGACAUAGACGAUGAGGAGACGCAGGCUCCCAUUGCGAAGAGACCCAAGAACAAGCAAAGAGUGCUGCUCUUGUCGUCUCGAGGCAUCACCCAUCGUAUGCGCCAUUUUAUGAAUGAUCUCGAAGCUCUCCUCCCACAUGUCAAAAAAGAUUCCAAGCUUGACUCGAAAAACCACCUGCAUUUGCUGCCAGAGCUCGCGGAUCUCAACAACUGUAACAAUACCCUGUAUUUUGAAGCGCGGCGACAUGAAGAUCUAUAUCUCUGGGCUGCCAAGACUCCAAAUGGCCCAAGCAUCAAAAUGCAUGUUCAGAAUGUGCAUACCAUGGAUGAGCUGAAGAUGACCGGUAAUUGCUUGAAGGGGAGCCGGGGAAUCCUGAGCUUCGACAAAUCAUUCGACGAAAGUGAAUGGGGCCGGUUGACCAAGGAGGUUUUUACACAUAUAUUUGGAGUCCCGCCGCAAGCACGGAAAGCAAAACCAUUUAUUGAUCACAUCUUGACGUUCUCUGUACUUGAUGACAAGAUCUGGUUCCGUAAUUUCCAGAUCAUCGAGAAGGACCCCACGCAGCCUAACGGCCCACCACAGACGUCUCUUGUUGAGAUUGGUCCUCGCUUUGUCCUCACACCGAUUCGUAUAUUUGAGGGAGCGUUCAGUGGCGCAACGGUAUACUCGAAUCCGGAAUUCGUUUCUCCCGCAGCUGUUCGAUCAGCACUGAAGAGGGCAAAGGGCAACAAGUAUGGCAAGCGGAAGCAGGCAGAGGAGGACAGGAGCGGCAGGAAGGAGGGUCGUCGGAGAGAGGAAGACGAGCUUGCCGUAGCGAAGGUUUUUGCGUAG